AUGGUCGCCACGCCCUCCCUCACCCACACCCCCAUCACGACGCUCCUUCUCUUGACUCUGGUCUCCGCCUCAACCCUGUUCUCAAUCCUCGACCUCAAACACUACCUCCCCAUCUCGCCAACCCCACACUUUUCGACCGAAACCCUCCUUUCCGCGGUACUCCUCUACCAGUUUCGUGUGCUGGAGCGGUUAUGGGGUACGAGGAAAUACGCUUCCUUCAUCAUCGUCAGCUGGGCGUGCCUUACACUCCUCACGCCUACGUUGCUGGUGGUGUUGAAAGUCCUGACGCUAGGAUGGUACAACUACCUCCCACCCGGCGCCACGGGCCUGAUCUUCGCGAGCCUAGCAGCCUACACCGAGGCCGUCCCCACCUUGUACCGUUACAAAAUCCUCACCACCACACAAGAGGACGUGCAGAGCGAGGGAGCAAAGGGCGUGCUAUUCAGCGAUAAGUCCACCACCUACUUCCUCGCCGGCCAACUCGCCCUAACGCAGUUUCCUUACGGGUUGCUGCCGGCGCUGUGCGGGUGGGUGGUCGGGUCAGCGUGGAUGGGGGAGAUGCUGCCUGGUGGGAUGGGGCGGUGGCGGGUGCCGCGGUGGGUUUUAGGUGAAAGUAAACAAAAGAGUGCUGGCAAACAGUUUGAGGGACUCAGACGGCGGCUGGAGGAGGAAGGAUCGCGAGAUGGGAUGCGAGCCGUGACUAGCGCUGGGGGCGUACAGCCAGGAGAGGAGCAGAGAGGGAUGUUGGGCCGGUUCGCCGGAUAUUUCACGAGCUCGUAG